AUGUUCGCACAAAUUGUUUUCCGGCGUGCAACACUCCCGUCGCUAGCCCAGAAGGCCUAUGCCUCAGUGCCACGAAGGGGACUUACAACACAACAAAAGCAGGUUGUCAAGGCUACCAUCCCCGCCCUUCAAGAGCAUGGAGCCACGAUCACCACACUAUUUUAUAAACGCUUGCUAGAGAAACACCCCGAACUCAAGAAUAUCUUCAACAUCGUUCACCAAAAAACCGGCGAGCAACCCGCAGCUCUGGCACAUGCUAUAUGGGCAUAUGCGGUUAACAUUGACCAUCCCGAAGCCCUGAGCACAGCUGUUUCUCGCAUCGGACAUAAACACGCUAGCUUGGGGGUCAUGCCAGCUCACUACCCUAUUGUGGGCGAACACUUGAUCAGCGCAAUCAAAGAUGUCCUAGGACCUGCUGCCAACGAGCAAGUGCUAGAUGCGUGGAAGGCAGCCUACCAGCAGCUCGCAGAUAUCUUUAUCAACUUCGAGCAGGGUCUCUACGAGCAAGGUUUAAAGACACCCGGCGGAUGGAAAGGAUGGCGGAAGUUCUACAUUUCGAAGAAAGUCCCGGAGAGUGACGAAAUUAUUUCCUUCUACCUCACUCCGGUUGAUAAGGGCGCUCUACCAUCGUAUCAGCCCGGACAGUUUGUCAGCGUGCGCUGCUACGUGCCCGAAUUAGGCUUCUACCAGCCCCGUCAGUACAGCCUAUCCGACGUGGCCAACAAAAACUACUUCCGAAUUUCUGUCAAGCGAGAGUUCGCAAAGGAUUCCAAACCUGGUGGUCAAAUCUCAAACGUACUUCAUGAGUCGCUACCGGAAGGUGCGGAAUUGGACUUAAGCAUGCCUUUUGGUGACUUCAUUCUCGACAUCAACGCCACCAACCCUGUUGUUCUGGUCAGUGGAGGGGUGGGGCUCACGCCCAUGAUGUCCAUGUUGAAAACCAUCAUCAACCAGCAAGGCCAAGCACGGCAAGUCGUGUUCGUCCAUGCGGCACGGAGUGGCCGCGUCCACGCCAUGAAGAAUGAUCUGACCCAGAUCGUCGCCGAAAACCCGUCAGUCAGUCGCAUGGUGUUUUAUGAAGAGACCACUGAGAAUGACAUGCAAGGGCUGGAUUAUGAUCAAGUAGGCCGGGUGGAUUUGGCCAAAAUCAAAAACAAGGUUAUUCUCCCGGAUGCAGAUUAUUAUAUCUGUGGGCCUCAGCCGUUCAUGAAGGCUCAAAGCUGUAGUCUGGAGGCUUUGGGUGUGCGCCCUGAACGCAUUCAUAUGGAGGUAUUUGGAUCUCCACGUGAUUGA